AUGCUCUCUACCUCCUCCGUGGCUGCGCGCGCCGGCGCCCGUCGCGUCCUUGGACGAUGCGCAUCAAUUGCCCCCACCGUGCGCCCGAUCCGAUCAUUCGCCGGCCGACAGAACAGCUUCGCCAUUGCUGGCAUGAUGAGCCAGCAACGACGUGGUUAUGUUGCCACGACGAACCCCAACCCUCCUCUCGGCAAGAAGAACGCGACAAACGAGAACCCUUCUCGAAUUGGUCUUAUCGGAGCCCGAGGAUACACUGGUUCAGCUCUCGUUGAGCUCCUCAACAACCACCCCUCUAUAGAUCUUCAGCAUGUGUCGUCUCGAGAGCUUGCUGGCCAGAAGCUCGAAGGAUAUACCAAGCGCGAUGUUAUUUACGAAACUUUGUCACCAGAAGAUGUUGCUCAGUUGGACAGCAACGGCAAGGUGGACUGCUGGAUUCUGGCUCUUCCCAAUGGUGUUUGCGGGCCUUACGUGGAAGCCCUGGACCAAAUCAACAGCAAGAGCGUCAUUGUUGAUCUCUCAGCCGACUACCGAUGGGACGAGAAGUGGACCUAUGGUCUCCCCGAACUUGUUAAGCGUUCCAAGAUCGCACAGUCCAACCGUAUCGCCAACCCCGGAUGCUACGCUACCGGAGCUCAGAUCGGUCUUACCGGAGCUCUGGACUUGAUCGAGGGCAUGCCUGUCAUCUUCGGCUGCUCAGGUUACUCUGGAGCAGGAUCCAAGCCCAACCCCAGGAACAACCUGGAGGUGCUCAAGGAUGCCAUCAUCCCUUACUCCCUAACGGGACACGUUCACGAGCGUGAGAUUUCUUCUCAGUUGAACCAUGAGGUUGCCUUCGUGCCCCACGUAGCUGGAUGGUUCCGGGGUAUCACCUUGACUCUGAACAUCCCUCUCCGCAAGGAGAUGACUUCACGAGAUAUCCGCCAGCUGUACCAGGACCGAUACGCAGGGGAGCAUCUUAUCAAGGUGGUGGGCGAGGCACCUCUCGUGAGCGCGAUUUCAGGACGCCACGGUGUAGAGAUCGGAGGCUUCGCCGUUGAUAGCACUGGAAAGCGUGUUGUUAUUGUUGUCACCAUCGACAACCUUGCCAAGGGUGCUGCAACGCAAUGUUUGCAAAACAUGAACCUUGCCCUUGGUUAUAAUGAGUACGAGGGAAUUCCCGUUAUGUGA